UUUCUUGUAUAGUUCACCUCCUAUUAUACUCUGUCUCUCCACCCCUGCAUCUUUUUGUCUUUGUAUUCCACGAUUGAGUUAAUUUCUCAAAUGGACAAUUACGGAGCUGACAAUGAGUUUAAUAGACUUAGAAGUGAAUUAACUCAAGGAAGGGACCUCGUUCAGCAGCUCCAACUCCAUCUCAAUGCUCCUAAUUAUAAUUCGUCGUCGUCUUCACCUGAAAACACUCGGGAAUUCCUGCUUCACAAUAUCCAAUCCAAAUUUGAUAGAGCUCUGUCCUUGCUCCAAUACAAUAGUACUGGAGACAAUACUAAUUCACUACUACCACAUUCCAAUUCCCCUGCAAUUCCCAUUUUUGGAACGUCUGAUUCUCCGCGAUCAAGCCCUCCUCAUAGUGAAGAUUCUGAUCGUGAUCUCGAACCCAAAGAUCAUCAUGCUACACGCAAGAGAAAGAGCAGUACACCGCGGUGGACAAAGCAAGUUCAAAUUCAUCCAGGGGCACCAAUUGAAGGGAAUCUUGAUGAUGGUUUUAGUUGGAGAAAAUAUGGACAGAAAGAUAUUCUUGGUGCUAAACAUCCGAGAGGUUAUUAUAGAUGCACACUUCGACAUGUCCAAGGUUGUUUGGCUACGAAACAAGUUCAAAAAUCCGAUGAAGAUCCCACCAUUUUCGAAGUCACGUAUCGAGGAAGGCACACUUGCAAUCAAGGUGGUGGUGCUAGUGUCAGUAAUGUGAAUCCAGCACCACCACCUUUGGCUUUAACAGUACCUCAAAAUCAUGAACAAUAUCAACAACUAAUCCCUACACCACAUCAAAAUCAGCACGAAAUUCUCUUGAAUUUUCAAAAAAACCUUAGUAUCUCCGAAGACGACUUCAACUUCAAUAAUACUCAUCAUGAUCAUCCUAACAAUGUGCCAUAUAUUCCCUCGUUUAAUAAUUUCCCUUCAUCAUCGUCCCACGUUAACACUGAUCAUCAAGAUUACAACUUUUUGACUAAUUCUUCCACAAUUCUAAGCAACAACUUUGUGGAGAAUUUUACCCCUUCCUUCAAUAAUAUGUCUGCAGGAACUUCUCAGCAAAAUGAUGCAGAUUACCAAUUUAACUCAAUGGGAUUUGAAUCAAAUUUCCCAUAUGAUUAUCAGGGAUUCUCUUCCUAAUUAAUCUUCCAAGAAAGUAGCUUAAUUAACUCAAGAUGAUGAUGAUGAAUCAAGGACAAUUUUGCAACCAAUUUGUUACUAGGAAACAAGGCAUAAGACUUAAUUAGAUGUGUUAGUUUAACCAUUUUCUAAUAAUGAUGAUAUCUAUUUUGUUUUCAUGUGGUCAUCUUUAUAUGUUGUAGUCUCUGAAUUAAUCUGUAUCAGAAGCUUUCAAGUUUGUAACAUCUUUUAAUCAUUUGCAAAGGGCCAAAAAAUGUCAUCAACUAUGAAAAAUAGAACAAUU